AUGAUUGCCGAGUGGGAUCCGGUAAUGAAAGAACAUAUGAGAAGAAUUAAAAAUAAUGAAAUUCAGUACAAUUAUCUUAGUUCUAAGAUCCAAAAUGAGUUGAUUGAUUUGCUAGCUUCUAAAAUCAAAAGUGCCAUCAUUCAGAAAAUUAAGGCUGCCAAGUAUUUUUCUAUAUUGCUUGAUUGUACUCCGGAUGCGAGCCACCAAGAGCAAAUGUCUUUGAUUUUUCGGUGUGUAUAUACUAGUGAAAGUCCAAUAAAAAUUCAAGAAUACUUCAUGGGAUUCUUAAAAGUAGUUGACACAACUGCACAAGGACUAUUUGAUGUACUGAAAAGUGUUUUGAAAGAUCUCGAUCUUGACAUUAACAACAUUCGUGGUCAAGGAUAUGAUAACGGGGCUAAUAUGAGUGGGUGCAAAAAUGGUGUACAAAAGAAGUUGUUGGCUGUGAAUCCAAGAGAAAUGUAUACACCUUGUGGGGCUCAUUGUUUAAAUUUAACACUUCUUGAUAUGGCACGUUCUUGUAAGGGAGCUACAGAUUUUUUUGAAACAUUAAAUCAGAUUUACAAGAUUUUUUCUGCAUCUACAAAACGGUGGGAUAUUUUCAAAGAAUAUGUUAAAGGUUAUACCGUCAAACCAUUGUCGGAUACUAGAUGGGAAAGUCACAUUGAAAGUGUGAAGGCAUUUAGGUUUCAAGUUUUUGAUAUAAGAAAAGCUUUGCUUAAAGUAGGAGAUAAUGGUGAUGAUAAGGAUACUGCAGCUAAGUUUAAAGCGAAAAACUUAGCAAAACAUAGUGUUGGAAAUUUUGAGUUUUUAUUAAGCAUGGUGAUUUGGUAUGAUUUGUUAAAUGCUGUAAACUUGGUUAGUAAAUCAUUGCAGUUUAAGGAUAUGCUUAUCGACGAUGCUAUGCGUCAAGUGAAAGGACUUCUAAAAUAUUUUCAAAACUAUAGAGAUAAGGAAUUUGGGAAGGCCUUAACCACUGCCAAAGAUAUUGCUAAUCAAUUGGAAGUUGAAGCUGAUUUUCAUGUGGGUCGUAUAAUUCAUAGAACACAAUUUUUUGAUGAGAUUGGAAAUUGUGAGGAAACAUUCCAAUCAGCUGAAGAAUCUUUUCGAACUAAGUUCUUCUUGCAGAUGGUUGAUCAAGCUAUUAGUUCACUUGAAAGACGGUUUGAGCAAUAUAAAGCAUGUGACGACAUAUUUGGUUUUUGUUUAGUUCAGAUACUUUAA